UCUUUCAAUGAUCAGUGUUCCUAGCUGUGGACUUGUUGUGGGCCAAUCAAAAUGGAAAAGAAAACUUGAGUUGUGAAAUAGUUGUUAGCUCCUCUUUGAUUAGUUAUGGUAUGUUUGUGCUUUGAUCCACAAAAUUUUGCGCAGGGAAACACGUGUGUUGACUGUCGAGUUUUAAUAGGAAUGUACUAACGUGCGAAAGGUGGGGUGUGUUUGACGAGCCGGUUGAAACUAUGUCCAAGGUUGCUAACAGGUUAAAAAAUGUCAAGAAAGCUGUGGAAAAGGUUGUCCAUGGUCCCACUCUGCGGACUGACAUCAAGGCACAGGGUGCAGUGGCAGGACCUCCACUGGGUCCACAGCUUGGUCAGCGCGGCAUCAACAUCGCCGCGUUCUGCAAGGACUUCAACGAGCGGACCAAAGACAUCCAGGCGGGCAUCCCACUGCCAUGCCGGAUAUCGGUGCGCGCAGACCGGAGCUACGAGCUGGUGAUCCACCAGCCGCCAACCACCUACUUCCUGAAGCAGGCGGCCGGCGCGCGACGCGGCGCGACGAAAGCAGGGCAUGAUGUUGCGGGGAAAGUGACGCUCAAGCACAUAUACGAGAUCGCCAAAAUCAAAUCGGCAGACCCGCCUCUCCAAGAGGUGGAUCUGAAGGAAAUUUGCGAGAUGGUAAUCCGCACCGCACGAAGCUGUGGCAUACAGGUGGUGCGUGACCUCGAUCCAGUCGAGUACGGCGAGUUCCUGGCGCAGCGCGAGGAGGAGAUGAAUGCCCAGGACGAGGCCCUGGCCGCCGUGCGCGAGGCGAAGCUCCUUCGGACUAAGUGAGCGCGGCGGGCAGUGAUUGGUGUCGUGCCGGUAGCGGAGUGGGUGCGAGUGGGGAACGUGUCAGUUUGAGAAGCGUGUUUGUUUUGGCGAAUACACUAGUGCUCUGUGA